AUACUCACUUCUGAUCGCACUUCAUUUGUUUUAUCUUUCCGUAUGUCUUGUCAGCUGACUGAUACUGGUAGUGGGUUAAUGUGCUUUUGAUUUUGUUAAAUUACGGUUGAAAAUGUCUAACAAAGAUCGACUGCCUAUAUUUCCUUCAAGAGGAGCGCAGAUGCUUAUGAAAGCAAGAUUGAAGGGAGCUCAGAAGGGUCACAGUUUACUGAAGAAGAAAGCAGAUGCUUUACAGAUGAGGUUUCGUAUGAUACUCGGGAAGAUUAUUGAGACUAAAACCCUCAUGGGCGAAGUGAUGAAAGAAGCAGCGUUCUCACUUGCGGAAGCCAAGUUCGCUACGGGUGACUUCAAUCAAGUUGUCCUUCAGAACGUGACGAAAGCACAGUUCAAGGUUCGCACCAAGAGAGACAACGUAGCAGGCGUGACGCUGCCGGUGUUCGAGAGCUACCAGGAUGGCACUGACACGUACGAGCUGGCGGGCCUGGCCCGCGGCGGCCAGCAGCUCACCAAGCUCAAGAAGAACUACCAGAGCGCCGUGAAGCUGCUGGUGGAGCUGGCGUCGCUGCAGACGUCCUUCGUCACCCUAGACGAGGUCAUCAAGAUCACCAACCGCAGGGUCAAUGCCAUCGAGCACGUGAUUAUACCUCGUAUUGAGAGCACUUUGUCGUAUAUCAUCUCCGAGUUGGAUGAACUGGAGCGAGAGGAGUUUUUCAGGCUGAAGAAGAUACAGGACAAGAAGCGUAUCGCUCGCAAGAAGGCAGAGGCUAUAGCGGACGAGCUGAAAGCACUCGCCCUGGCGGAAGGCAAGCCAGUUAACGACUACGCACAAACCAUCCUUGAUGAGGGUGACGAAGACAUUCUCUUCUAGACCUGGCGCGCUAGGCAUCGCGCGUCCGCAAGUGGAACAACCAUCCGUAGUUUUUGGUAGUCGACAAAAAAAAAAAUUUCUUCCUUCUUGGUGGCAUUGUACUUGGCAAUCGGUGCAGAGUGAAAGACUGUGUUGGCUACCAGCUGUUUAUUCUUCAGAUUUGCUCCAGGUAGCACUGCCAGCUCUUUGAUAUUGUUCGUUUGUUCGUGUAGUUUGGCCAUGAGAUUUGUUUUGAUACUUCGGUAUUGGAAAUAGCAAUUGACCCACAGCUGUACAAGAUUACGGAUUCGCACGGCUGUAAAUGGCAUUGGUGUGGGUUAUGAUGGAAGAAGAUUUGUGUUCCCUGUAUUGGUUGUGCAUUUCCGGAUAACUUUGAUUAAACCUAAAUGGUUUAGUUUGGUAAAUGGUUUUGUCCUAUUAUAGCAACUUAUAAUUGCCUAGAAAAGAAUGUGUGAGUAAAACCAAACUGGUACAUUCAUACAAUCUUAUCAACUUUCUAAAUUGUUCUGAAAUUGAAUAUAGUGUUUGUGAUUGUCCUACCUGGUGAAUAGUUGUUGAGCUGAAAGGAUCUUAUCACUGUCACAUAAAUAAUGGAUAAUUCAUAAAAAUAUUUAAUUAUUAUAAAGUAUGAAUUGCUUAUGCUAAAAAAAUAAAUUCUGUCUGUUUUAGUGUGUUUGCAUUGAAGGGAUGCAGUGAGAACUCAUCUGGGUAAUUGUACUUACCAGAAAAUAUAGUUAAAACUUGAAAGUUUUGUUAUUUACUCUGCCCCAUUCAGGAACAUCAAAAUAGUAACAACUUAGAAUAUGGCGUGUAUUUCCAUCAUUUCUGGAUCAGCUGCACCUUUACACUACAGUUGAUAAUGGAUUCUGAAUCCAAUGUACUGACCAGAAAAGGUUUUAAAGUUUUUUUUAAUAAAAUAGUGUGCUGAUAACAAUGACAGUCCUGAAACGUGAAGUUAAUUCUCAUUGUGGCUUUUUAGUUGUAAUUUUGUAUAAUGUACAAUUUGGAACUUAUCACAACUAACCGAGUAUUAGAAACAAAACACAGUGAUCUUAAGCAAAAUUUCAGAUGCAUUUCUGUGGCACUGCAGGAACAAUAUAUUUAUGUACUAUCUUGAAAUAAUUGUGUGCUAUGUACAGGUGUUUAAAUAAAAUUGGCUUUUUAAAAAUUUUGCAUGAACAAGACAACACUUGCCAACAUCAUAAUAUAUAUGCUUUUUUUUUAAAUUUGUGACUGCGUACAUUCCAGAAUUUUAUCCUUAUAAUUUUUUUGUUUGCAAUAUAUGUAUGUAGUUGCACAUCACAUACCCAUAAGUUAAAAUUGAUUAGUAUUUUUUGGUAGCUGUGCAUCUGAUUGUGCGAUGUUGAUAUGUUUUUAUUACUUGUUCACACAGCAUAGUAUUACUAUUAAAAAUGCAGCUAUGUAUUUUGUUUCAGAUGUUUACUUUAGAAAGAAUUUCCAUGAAGCUCUCCUCAAAAAUCAUGUGGAAAGCAAAUAGAAAAAUGUUACAACAAUAAAAAUACUUUUUGUGUUUUAAGUGUACAAUAAAUUUGUAAAUAGUGUGAAAAAUAAAAUGGAUAUACAACAAAAA